AUGGCCAGUGGGUAAGUGUGUCUUUCCUUGUUAAACCAGCCUGAAAAGAAGUCGCACUUGUUCAUACUUAGUCUCCCUUGAACCCUCCAGUUUACGAUUUUUGUCAUUGUUUCCUAAUUUCCACAGGCAGAACACAGAAGGAGGAAAGGUAAUAUAUGUGCAUCACUCUCAUCAUUUUCAUGUUUUCUGGUGUAAUACGAGAAACAAAUGAGAAAAUACAGAGAAUGAUUGACUGCUGUUAACACUCGAGCAAAUAGAUGUCAGCACUCGAAGAAACAAACUUGUUUAGCUCUAGACUUAGUCAUUAACCUGUUUAUGAACAACGGCCAUCAGGUGACAAACCACAGACCAUCUGUUGUACAACAAACACACUUCCACAAAGCCCAGACUGUGUUUGUGUACCAUCAAAUAUUGAGUCCAUUGUUGGUAUUUUCAUCUGAAAGCUGACUCAAGAAGCCCCCAGAGCUGCUGCAGCUGAUUUUACAGCUCUUUUUUUUUAUAUUGAUGCUUACUGUGUUUGCUCUCUGCCAGGUGUUCAAUGAUCCUAUCCAUGGGCACAUAGAGCUGCAUCCACUUCUUGUUGAAAUCAUUGACACACCUCAGUUCCAGAGGCUGCGACACAUAAAGCAGCUUGGAGGUGUCUACUCGGUUUACCCUGGAGCAUCUCACAACCGCUUUGAACACUCCAUCGGGUAUGUCAGCAUUCUGAAAUGUCUGAUGGUUGUAUACUUAAUUGUUGGGGGUCUUUUUUCACUGUUGUGUGUGGUGUUGAAAGGGUGGCGCACUUGGCAGGAGAGCUUGCUGAGAGUCUUCGCAAAAAAAACCCAGAGCUCCUCACUCCGAGGGACGUCCUCUGUGUGCAGAUUGCUGGACUCUGUCAUGACCUGGGUAAGUCAUACACUCCUCUGUAAGUCCUGGGCCUAAAAAAGACUGAUUUGACAAUGACAGUAUCCAGAAACUGAAAAAAAAGCCAUUGCAAUGGAUUUUUCAUUUUAAAUACUCAACAGGAAAGGAAAGUACUGAACCAUUAGAUCUUACUGGGAGAACGUUAAUGUAAAACAUGCCUAAGUGGAAAGAAAGAAUAAAAUAGGGGGUAUGAUUUGAGCCAAACUUUUGGAAUAAUGAGAUGAAAUUAACCCUGUAGUCGUCUUUUUUAAAACUGCCACACACUUUUAGUCAAUCAACUGUUGAUAGGACAGUUGUAGUUGUUUGGUUACUCUGGUUGAAGCACUAUGGAGACAUUAAAAAGAUUUCACAUGAAAGUAUUGAGAAAUUAUGAUGUAAUCACUACUACACAAUAAGAAAUACAAUCAAAUGUACAUAGAGGAGUAAGAGCCUAAUAUUAGGACCACCCCUUUCAACUUAAACAAGCCUAAUAGAAUAUCUAUGAAAACAACUGACUGAUAUCUAACAUACACAGACUGGUUCUAACCACAGACUGUAAAUAGAAUGGAUGUUAUCUGCCUCCUCGCUGGGCGAAGCCUCUACGGGAACAGCACCACCUGGUGACUGGAUGCAGGUCAUAAAUCCCUCCUCCACCAGCAAAAUUAAUUAGCUGUGGACAAACUUUGAACAUUAAUUACACAGCAUAUAAAAUGUUCUCCCCCCUAGUUGCAAUGUUGACAUGUAGUUACUGUAAGACUGGUUUGUCCACUUUUUUCUGUCCAGCUCCAUUUUUAAAAGUUAGUAGGGGGUUCAUGUUUUCUAUGACUGACGCUUGAUGCAGCCUGAAGGCGUAUGAAGAUUGACGAGAUCAUCCAGGGAAUACGCUGUUUAAGCAGAGCGUCAUCACAGCGACUCUCCCGCCAAACGCUACAGCACAAAUGCCAGUUUCAGGAGAGGGAGAAAAUCCCAGGAAUACCAAGAGCAAAUUGGCCUCAAAUUCAUACAAGGGGAGAUGCAUACUAUACACAGUCUAUAGUUCUAACCAAGGCCAUUACUUUUCCUACUUAAGUUUUUUUUGGUUUGAAGAAAUGAUGAUGCACAUUAAUCGGACUCAGUUAUGUCCCCUGAUCUGAUACACCACUGAUCACACACUCCUACACUCUUCCUAAACUUCAUACACAGUCAGGCACUACUCCUCAUGCAGAGCCUGCACACACUCUGCAGACACACAAACACAGUCCCGGUUUGCAACAUUCAAUCCUAAUUGCAUUGACUGGGCAGCAAACUUUUAUGUCUAACAUAAACCUACUUCCGCCACUUCAAAGGUGGCAAAAUGUGCUGAUGUUUUUUUAUACCACUUUUCUGCUGGAUUCAACAAAUUACAGUAUCUACCACCUUCCUUCUUACACAACCUACAAAUGAACUCAUGAUGGGAAUAAAUCCACUUUCUCAGCAUUCAAAACCCCUCUUGAGGAAGACAUUUAAUAUAAAUACAUAUAUGCAAGAAACAUACAGUCCCCUCUUCACUUAUUGUUUAUCACACUAGGAAACUUAAUGACAAUAAUAAUAAUAUAUUUUAUUUAUAAGCGCGUUUCAGAACAUUCAAGGACACUUCACAGAGUAAAGUAACAUGAACACGAGUAACAUGAACUCAUAAACUGCCUAUGAUGCAAUGCUUUUCACAAAAGUUACUGAGUUCUGCUGCAUAUUACAAUUGAUAUCUCAGGGUGUGUAAUCAUUGACAAUCAUAGUUGGGUCACAAAGUGAGAUUCUGUGACCAUCCUCUGGCAAGGAUGUUUUGACGAUUGAUUUGACCUCUAUGGACCCUUUAGAAAAGAUUUAGCCCCCAGGUCCCUCGCAAAAAUCCCGGCAUUUUUUGCUAGACAGCCAAAUUCAAGAUGGCGGCCGGCGCCAUCUCUAAAAAUUAACUUUUGAUCUGGAUGACCUAGAAUCAUGUAUGAAGGCACUUUUCCAUACAAGUCAAGCAUGAGGAUUCCAAAUCUGACAUAGUUUUAAUCAUACAACUUUGUUUUGACCGCGAUAUUCAAGAUUGCUGCCAUCUAGUACUGUGAUUCUCAACCUUCAGGACUUGACCCCCCAAAACAAUCAUAUUUGAACUGGGUAAACCCCAAUUUGUUUGACUCUGUUCCACAUAUAGAUAUUGUGAAAAUAGCCGAUCUACAAGCCCGUAACACAUGGGGCUCUAUUUCGUGCCUCGCUGGAGACGUGCUGCAGGCGCAGCGUAAGUCAGGUCCGCCGCGCCAACAAGGCGUUCCCAAGCACAAUUUGGAAUUUUGGUGAGCGACGCAGCCCAGCGUAAGUAUCCCCCCUCCUUAACUCAGCUCCUCCCAGCGGCAAAAGUCGUAGCGAGGGAGGAGAGAGGGCGUGGAGUGGGUUUAACACAGCUGAGACCUGUUUUCACCAAUCACAUAGGCUCCUCUCCUUGCCUUUAAAUCCGCCACUGGCGAGGCGUAUUACUAUUUUCGUGAAGUAGUCAAAGAGAUCAAGAGAUGUCUGAAGACAGCAAUGCCACAUGAUGGUGACAGAGGGCAGCUCCUCAACAAGUGCCACUGUAAGCGCUGCAUUUGGCGUCCUCCACACUCUCUCAUGUGAGCACAGACGGAUUUGGUGUGUGUAAUGUUGGACCCACUGGUAAGACAAACACCCUUUUCCACUAAUAAAGACACUCACAUAAAGUUGCUCAUAUUCAAACCUCACGUGACAAAGGUGGGUUGAGCGCACAGAUCACAACAUAAACUCCAAAAAUGGCAUUAAAAUUGGAACCAUCUGUGCGUAAAUGACACAUCGCGCUCUGUGGCCUGGCUCUUUCUUUCAUAGAUGUUGGCAUAUAAAAUAAAUUUGCCUCACAAAACUGAAUAUUAUAAUAUCCGUAUGUCGGCUUGAAGUAAAUAACUCAUCUGAGCACUGAAACAAAUCAUCUGUUCAGCUGCAGCAGGACAGAGAGAGGACACAGACACAUGUCUAGGUCGAGCUGCGCGAGAAAUAAGAGGAAGAGGAAGAAAGAAAAGGAGGGAGACAAAUUAAAUAUCUUGUUAACUUCAUCAUGUGUGUUUAUUUACUAGAUAUUUAAUUUAAUUUAAUGCGGUUUCAGCUGUGUUGAUUCGAUCCGGUUGUGUGUCCAAAUGCGUGCCAAACGCGCUCAUCAGAUCAGAUAUAGAUCAGAAUAUAUCGAUAAUAGAUCUAAAUGUAUGUGCUGACUCAGAUUAAUAGUUAUUGAUGAUUAUUUAUUGCACUGAAAUGUGCCUGACACCGUGGAAACCUGCCGGUGAGGCAUCGGUGAUGUAUGCCGAUACGCCGCUGGUCUACCAAAAUACCACUAGACCAGCUGCGCUCCGCCUGCGCUGAAAGCUGGCCAGGUUUGAAUCGGCGAGCUUUCAGUGCACUUUACACGCCAUUGGCGAGCACGAAAAUGUCCAUGAUAAUACCAAACUGGCUGUACGCCGGGCUCCGCCAGACGAAAAUACAACUGUGCGGGGUCCGCCACCCUCCACCCUCCUGUCCCUUCAUGUCAGGGCAUGUUAGCACAUGCUGCUUGUUUAGUGCUGCUGCUUUCCUAAAUGUUGCCUCAGUCAUUCUUUUGAGCCCACAGUUAGAGGAGCUACACAUUUGAUCUGUAAAGACAGUGUGCAUGCAGAAUACAUGGCUGCUUGAAUAUGGAAGAAAAUAAUAUACCAACCAGGACAGACAGACAGUCAUGUAUUCUCCAGUGUGGUAGUCUGUGUAAUGAAGCCACAUAUACCAUUAAGUCGACCCAAAGAUGAUCCCUGACAUGAAGGGACAGCCAAUCAAAUUGCCUGAGUUAAGUACUGCUGCUGACAUGAAUCAAGCAUACUGGAUAGUUUGAGUGCAAUAUUCACUGGCCUUUAUGUUGUUGUUAAGUUAAGUUUUCUCUGUACUUGAUCAUUGGUUGGUGGCGUACCCCCAGAUGACAGUGAAAUUAUAAUGUUAGGACUUGUAAGAUCCUCAAAGAAAAAGAUCAUCACUGCAUCCAAAGUAAUCAACAAACAAUGCUAAACCAUUGGCCAAAUUGUCAAAUGAUAUAAGAAAAAGGCAAAAAUUGUGAAUAUAGCCAAUCUACAAGCUCACACGCCUCACAAUACAAGGUGUUACGGGUUUGUAGAGCGGCUAUUUUCACAAUAUCUAUAUGUGGAACAGAGUCAAACAAAUUGGGGGUUACCCAUUUCAAAUAUGAUUGUUUUGGGGGGGGUCAAGUCCUGAAAAGGUUGAGAAUUACAGUACUAGAUGGCAGCCAUCUUGAAUAUCGCGGUCAAAACAAAGUUGUAUGAUUAAAACUAUGUCAGAUUUGGAAUCCGCAUGCUUGACUUGUAUGGAAAAGUGCCUUCAUACAUGAUUCUAGGUCAUCCAGAUCAAAAGUUAAUUUUUAGAGAUGGCGCCGGCCGCCAUCUUGAAUUUGGCUGUCUAGCAAAAAAUGCUGGGAUUUUUGCGAGGGACCUGGGGGCUAAAUCUUUUCUAAAGGGUCCAUAGAGGUCAAAUCAAUCGUCAAAACAUCCUUGCCAGAGGAUGGUCACAGAAUCUCACUUUGUGACCCAACUAUCAGGUUGUUUUUUAAUCACUGCUUUCACAUUCAUUCAUUUCUCUUUGUGAAGGUCAUGGGCCCCUCUCCCAUCUGUUUGAUGGAAUUUUCCUCCCCAAAGUAGCGGAGCAAAAGACAGGAGAAGAAGCAGAAAAGCUGAGGAAAUGGAAGGUAAGAAAUAAUCAUGUCAGCUGUGCACACAAAUGGUUUGAACCUCUCUAUCUUUUCUAUUACCAAGUAAACUCAUUUGCACGUAACAGUCUGGCAAACAUGAGCAACAUGACGAGCAAUAACAGCCUGUGUGUCUUUUUUUGUUUGUUAUAGCAAAUAAAAACAUUUCCUGUUCAUGUAGGGAGUCAUUCUUUCUUACUCUAUUUCUUAUACUUAUAUUUCAACUCAUCUGUGUGUCUCCUAGCAUGAAAAGGGCUCGUGUGACAUGUUUGACUACCUGGUGGACACAAAUAACCUUGAACCAAAGAUGAUCAAGUAUGGACUGGUGCCAAAAGAGGACAUAACAUUCAUAAAGGAAAUGUUUUUUGGACCUCUGGAGACUGACACAAAUGAUGGCGAGACGGUCAGUUCAGCUCCUGUGAGUUGAGUUAAAUCAGUCAGUGUUCUUAUUGUGACAGCAAUGCCAUUAAUGCCGCUAUUAUUUCACAUCUCUUUAGUGGAAAUACAAGGGCAGAGGAAGAGACAAGUCCUUCCUCUAUGAAAUUGUGUCCAACAAAAGCAGUGGCGUUGAUGUGGACAAAUUCGACUACUUUGCCAGGUACGGUUUUGAUAAACAACUGCAGUCCAGAAAUUCACUUUUUAAUGCUGAAAAAACUGAACACCUAUUAUUUUCUUCCCCCUGAACAAUCACAGUCUUAUUUGGAUUAUAAUAUGCAGCACUCCUCAGAAUACUUAGUUUAACUUAAACCCAUUUCUCUCCUCAGGGACAGUUACCAUCUGGGAAUUCAGAACAAUUUUGAUCACCGUCGCUUCAUUAAGUUUGCCAAAGUGUGCAAGGUGACAGAGGACGGAGAGGAAAAGAUGCACAUCUGCAUUCGAGACAAGGUCCUGGUGAAAUAUCUCCUGCUUUAUAUUAAAUAACAAUUUGAUUUUAUCUAAAGUUGUAGUUUAACUCUCACCUCAACAGGAGGCCGACAACAUGUAUGACAUGUUCUACACAAGACACUGCCUCCACAGACGAGCCUACCAACACAAAGUCAACAAAAUCAUCGAACACAAGUAAACGUCACAAGAUGUUGUUAUUUAUUUAUUAAUUAAUUUUUUUUUCUUUAAGAUGAAUCUACUGACUUAUUGUGGAAUAAAUAAAAGUAUUAAAAAAAAGAUGUUGGGACCCAAAGAAUAUUGUAUUAUUUUUCUUAUGGUGCAGAUUAUUUUGAUUGUUUCAUUCAUUUUUUCAUAAGUAACAAUAGGUUUGGUAUAAUCAUCCAGGAUGGCUGAGGCUUUGGUAAAAGCAGACGAUCACAUCAAGAUUGAAGGUUCACGAAAGAGAAAGUACACUCCCUCUACAGCCAUAAAGGACAUGGAGGCCUACACAAAGCUCACAGGUGUGUAGAUUCAAAUGUGCACCGUUAGCUCAUGCUUCAAUAGUUUUUUAUCAACAAACAGGUUAAAUGAAUUAUAUGUGAAAGUAAUUUCUCUUUGUAUAAAAUGUUGUUGUUGGUGAUGGAGGCUGAAAAAACUUUUUUCUGAAUGGUGACUUUGGUGGUUGACCAAGUAUUUGCUUGAAAUUCUCCAACAUAAAGAUGUGAAAUUUAGAGCUGUGUGUAAUAGUACCAAAAUGGAAAUCUUUGGCACUCGCUGUCUCCACAAACAAACUUUAUAAAUUGACAUAAAUGGAAACAGAUUUUUUUUUUGUUAUGUGGACAUCAUAACAUCACAAUGACCUGAAGAUGAACAUACUGCAUUUAGCACAUCAAGACUUCUCUCUGUCCAUCUUUUAGACCAUGUGUUCGAACAAAUAAUCAACUAUUCCUCUGAUGAACUUUCUGGGGCGAGGACGAUUCUGCAGGACAUCGUCUCUCGAAAACUGCCCAAGUUUGUGGGUGAGACAAGGCCACAAAACUCCAUCAAGGAUCAGGAGGUAAGACUUGUUGUGAUAUGACCUAAUUCACUGUCCUUCGAAAAUCUAAUUUUGCAGUAAAUAAAACAAAUGCACAUUAUAUUUUCAGAUGUGUGUUUUUUUUCUAUCAUCUUGUGGGAUGUGAUUUUGGAAAUCAAUCUCUCUAAACAGUCAUUGUUCCUCAAAUUAUGAUCUCGAUUUAACAACAUGAGCAGGUUAGAAUAAAGUAGGAAAAACAAACAAAGAGUAUACUGUAGGUCUUGAUUUGUCAGCUUGAUGUGGAGCUACUCUCAGUCAACAUAGAAGUGAUCUUCAACCUUUUUCUACCUAGUUUUCACUUUUUUUGCUCAUUCUCUAGAAGCUGAUAUCUGAUUGGAAAAAUUACCUGGCUCAACAGCUCGAUCCAUGGACACCAGAGGACUUUAAAGUUUUGGUGAGAUUAGAUAGUUUCCUCACCUCACUUUGUGUAAAAAGGAAAAAAAAGGAGUCAAGAUGUUACAGAAACUAUUUGAGUUUUAUGAUCAUCUCUCUCUCUCUCUCUCUCUCUCUCUCUCUCUCUCUCUCUCUCUCUCUCUCUUUCUUUUUAGGUUGUUAAGAUGAACUAUGGCAUGAAAGACAGGGACCCUGUUAAACACAUGUAUUUCUACAGCAAGUUGGAGCCCAAUGUGGCAAAGAAGAUCCCCACAGACCAGGUGAGAACCAUGUCAAUGAAACUCAAACUACCUGAAUCUUUCUCUAUGUUCGGUGUUACUUCCUGAGAUUUAUCUAUUUAUUUAUGAGGCAGUCUGUGGUAUGCCACAAAUAUUCAAUCAAAUUUAUUAUCGUUCUUGUCAGGGAGAAAGGAUUCGCACCACAUGCUUUUCUGAGACAUUGCUCAUGGUCUAUUACAACAAGUUGGAUGACCUGGAUGGAUACAAAACCGCCAAAGAUAAUCUUGACCAGUGGUGGAAUGAUUUCCUACAGCAAAAGGUAACAAUAAUUUCUCAUUUGUAAAAUGUAUUGUGGAUACUGUUAGGGGCUGUCUGGGUAGCUGAUCUGCUGCAUUAAAACAGCUGUUUUUUUUUCACUGUGAGCAUUAUGAUGGGGACAUGAGGUGGAGUGAUGGAAGACGUUAAAUUUUGUCUGACCUCUGACAGAAACAAUCCAGCAACUAAAUGAUCACUGAUUGGUAUUAAGUUGGGUCAAUGACUGUUUCUAAUGGUUGUUAUUCUUAAGCUAUAUGUUGACUGACUAAUAAUGUUUGCAGAAGAAACUGUUUUCUUGAGUUAGAGGUGGUGUCUACCAUCGUUUAAGACCAAAAGACCAAAACUUUGAAAUUUUGAAUUCACUUUGAUUUUAGCUUUAAAACACCUUGAUGUGGAGCAUCUUUUCUUUUGUUUAUCUCUCACCUCUGCUUUCUUCAGAACUGACACACUUAUCUGUCUUGAUUCACACACAGGGUGAAGGCACAGCAGCACAGCAGCAGGACUCUGGGGAAUCAAACCAGAUAAAUGUACCUGAAGAUGUGGAACAUGAAAAUCAAAAGUGA